UAUCCGCUUAUAAAUAUGAAUGUGUGUAAUUAGAAUACGAAAUGAAACAAAUUUGUUUAAAAUUCGAAAACACAUUAUAAUAGCAAUCGAAUAAUAUUGCGAAUGUCCCGUGACUUUCGAAUGUCGAACGGAUCGUACAUCUUUUCACCAUUGCUUUUUCAUCGCAUAAUAAAAUGCGCGUCGUAUACGCGUCAAUUAACGUCGGGAAUGCCGUGUAAAAUAUCGCGCGAUCGUAUUCUGCUGUUUGUAAUUAAGCGUGUUUUCGCGAGCGAAUGCCAUGAACGAACAACGAGCAAUGAAAAAGAGAGAGAGAAGAACAUUGGCGGAGCAAUUAUGAAGACAGCCUGGCGGAGCAUCGUCCUUGGUUAUGACGCAUCAUCGCCACGAAUUUAAUGGAUAAAUCGACAAGAGAUGAUAAACAAAUCUCUCUCGAAAAUGACCACGUUGACCACGACUGCUCUUUUGCCGGAAAUUGAAGAAGAAUUAUCGUUCGAGAUGAAUUCAUCCUUUACGACUCUCGCUGUUCAAGAUACGAUUUACAAAGGGGAAGGAAACGCCAAUAUCGCUAUCGCAUUGCCGCACGAGCGCAGGGUAAUACGAUUCCGGAAGUCGUUGCCGGGCGAGGUUUCACCGGACGGCGGCAAAACACGCGCGCACCGGGAGGUGUGGUACGCCAGGAACGUGGUUUCCUGUUUUUUGGGCUCUUAUGCGCAGAUACCCGAAAUUAUUCGUUACGACGCAGCUGAUAUAGCCAAAUUGUCGGACGCCAUCCGCCCUCAUCGACCAGAGAAACGCCGACACAAGAUAAUCGCAGACACAUACGCCACAAAGUUCCCGGAUUAUACGUUUCUGGAUUUGCGGUUGGAAGAGGAUCAAACCGUGUUUCGAAGCCGUUCGACGUUCUGCGUGGAGAUAAAACCUAAGCAGGGAUACCUGCAAAAGGCGGAGCAGAGGUUUCCCGGAUGUCCGUAUUGUCUCAAUCAGUAUGCCAAGCUACGCAAGGGAGACAUCGUCGCUCGUAGCAAUUACUGCCCGUUCGAGCUCUUCUCCGGAGUGGAAGCGCGGAUGAAGGCCGCCGUGAAGGAGCUUCUGAAUUCACCGCAAAACAAUUUGAGAAUCUUUAAGGACGGCACCGUCGUCUACAAUCAGGAGUCGUCGCCGAACGAUCUCGAGGACGUGCUGAACGAAUGGUUUCGGAAUGCGACGACAACGACGAGCAGCGGACGAAUUCGCCGCUCGAACGUCGACGAGUUUUGCAAUUUGAUAUGCGCCGCUCUUACGCGGCCUUUCGCGCAAGAACAGCUGGACGAAUUGUCCGCCGCUUGCUAUCCGUGUAAUUUACCCUUAUCCGCGAAUCAAGAUCCAACAUUCUGCGCCGACCCGGACGCGAUCGCAAGAGCCGAACGCUGCCUUCGCCUCGCGGGAAAGAUUUGUAAUUUUGACGGCGACGAGUUGCCAAGAAAUUCAGUGCUGGAGAGAAUUUGGAAUAUGCAGCGAUUGUCUUACGUCAAUACCAAUUAUAUUUACGGCAUUUACUCCGAUUUUGCGUCGUUACUGAAUGACGAUACGAUAUACUCCGACUUGAUGGAAUUACGAAACGAGACUCACGCUAGCACGGUAUUUCGUGCUUUACCCGGUAAAGUCACGAAUGCAGUUAUUCAAAAGGAGGAAGACAUAAAAGAAAUCAACUCCGAAACGCUUCUUGAGAGCACCGUUGCAAGAGGAUACGAUGACAAUUCCAACGAAAACCAUAAUAACGCUAGUCCGGAGUGUAUCUUAUCUACUAAUGUCCAGAGAAUAGUCGCAAAUGGCUAUUUCGCGUCUCAAACAGAAAUUAGUGCCAACCUAGAUUCGCGCCGGUUAUUUCAUGGAAGUUUGCAUAAUCAGAGCACUAACGACGAGCAAAAGACAAAUAUGCAGAUUAUCGCCAAACAUUUAUCGACGUUGCGAAUGUAUCUUUUAUUCGCCACUGCCAGAGAUUGCUCGAUAUUAAUGACCUUCCGCGAAUUGCAUCCCGAAAACUUGUCAAAAGUGCUCGUGGAAAAUACAAUCAAGCUUUCGGAGCAACUUUAUUUCUUAAGCAGUGUCAGAGUCUCGGAUUUGGACCCGAAAAGUGUUCACUCCAUCAAGAAGCAUCGACAACGAGAUCUGGAUAUCUUUGAUUCUGUGAUUUCUUUAGCGAAAGAUUUUUCCAAGAGUAUAGAUGAUUGCCAAAGAAGCGAUGCUAGUAAUAAUACAGUAUAAAGAUAAAGAUUUAGUACAAGAUAAAGAGAAUCUAUAUGUAUAUAUUGUACAUGUGCACUUAAUUGAAGAUAUGCUUACC